AAUUUCGACUCGAAACGCCAUCGUUCGCGGUUCGACCGGGAACCCAGGUUUCUGCUUUUGAAGUGAAAUUAGGUUUUUUCUAGACCGAUUCAAGAUUUUUCUCUUGUUAUCCGAUGUAGGUAAACUUGGGUUUUGAUGAAAUAGAUUCAUGACAGAACUUCGGUUAAAUAUGUGAACUUCAAAGUUUCAGUUAUUCGUAGAUCUGUAGUGAAAUAUAUGAAUAGAGCUGAGUUUUUCAGAACUUUUGGAUUCUUUGUUUAGGAAAAAAUGACUAAAGUACGGGAUAAUGUCAGUGUGAUAAUCUCUUGGCCUUUUGUUUCACUUGUUUUGUAAUUUUCACGUUGGUAAUUUUAAGCUUAAGCUUAUAAGCGCAAGCAGCAGUUAUAAAACCAGUGGAUCGUUGUGUUCUAUUUAUUCCCAAUUUUUUUAUUAUUAGAGAAUUCUAUCGCCAGCAUGUAUGAGUGAUUCCAGCAGCUCAUUUCGUAACUCCAAAAGUUGUUUUUAAGUUGAUUCUCCACGUUGAUAUGCUCAAUAAUAUUGUUUAAGAUGAUUGUCUCAUUUACAUGUGCAAUUAUAUUUUUAUCAAUGCCAUUCAUUAGCCUUGGGUUUUGGGUCCGUAGAUGGCACUUGUCUGUACUACCAAUCCCUUGACACGCGUUUUAGCAAUUGCCUGAAUAGAAAACAUUUGGUUUGAUACCUUGGAUUUUGUUAUAAUUUCUACCCUUACUCUGAUUAUCAUUUCAUUUGUUCUUGCCUUGCCUAAAAGAGAAAGGAAAAAGGACCUUUCAUUGCAAUAGGCAGAUAGGACUGUCACGGUGAGGAAAAGAAAGAAAAAUUCUAUGCUUGAACUUUUACUGACUGUUGCAUAGUUUUGAACCUGUCUUUUCUCUUGCGCCAUGCUUUAUGCUCUUGAUACAUUCUCUGGUAUGCAAAUGGAUUAUUCGUUACAUAGAAUGUAGUUCAAGUAUUUGGCCCUGAGUAGUGAUUGAAUAAAUGUCCAACAACAUGAUCCAUUCCCUCUUGCAAUCCUGCUAGUCCUAAGAGAUCUAGGAGGGAUGGUAAACCGGGAACUGAAAGACCGCCUGCUGACAUCGAUUUCGAUAAAGAUCAUUUGGACCGGGGUCAGAAGCACCAACGUCGACUGCAGGAUGCAUUGCCCCUUGAGGCUCCAUCAGCACAGGGAUCUAAGGUUGAAACUCAAGCUGUUAGCAAAGAAGCUGAAAACAAGACUAAUGGACACCGUGAAGGAACCAAACAUUCUUCUGACCCAACUAAAAUACCUCGUUCGGAAUCAUACUUUCAGGCUUGCCUAUGCAUGCCUUAUACAGCACGAUGAUCGACGCAGUGCUGGGCAAGUUGGGAGAAGCUUCAGUCGCAGGACAGAUACUGAACAUGGAUGGAGGAGAGAUCCUAAGGAGCAGCAUAGCGACAGGAUGGAAAAGAAAGCAGUGUCAAGCGAUAAACUGCAAAAGGAAGAGAAAGCUAAAGAUAAUGGGGAAGACAAUCGUGUAUGGCGCCAUGAUGGGUACUUUGAAAUGGAGGCUGAUCCAAAACCAUAUGUACGUAAACGGCCUUCCUUUAGAGAGCAAAAGAUUCCUGCAGAUCCUGAGAAAACUGACAAGGCAAUCACAAACCCUCAAGAUCUCCAAGUAGACAAUGUAAGACGAGGUGAACGAGAGAAUGUCUCCCGUAAUUAUGACAGACCCGAGAGAUCAUUCAUGAAGGAGAGGGAGGCGAAAAGGGGUGAGGCAUGGAGGGGUAACUCAUCAAGAGAGAGGUACGGUAACAGCAGUGGUUUCAGGGGCAGAGAUAGACUCGGUACAAGACAAAGCUAUCGUCCGACUGGUGGCCGUGUUGAGAAAUGGAAGCACGAUCUUUACGAGGAGUCGAAUAGGAGUCCGACUCAAAAGAAUGAAGAGGAUCAGAUUGCCAAAAUUGAAGCUCUCUUGGCUUCAUAAACAUUGAGUCGCUUUAUUUUAGGAUUGCAUUACAACUUCUAACUUGAAGCAACAUUCCUUUAAACCCCCCAAAUCCAGAAUCCUCUCAUCAGUUUACUGUGGAGUCAAAGUUACGAUUAUGUUUUGAAUUACAAUUAUUUUGUGCACCAGAUUUAUUGCAUUUUGUUUCAAUAGUGA